GUGUCUGCUGAAUGCACCCACUGUCACGGUCACGGGGAUUAAUAUGAAGUUGGCACUAGUUGGCUGUUGGCAGCAAUAUGGUGGUUUGUUUUCAUUACAUUUAAAGAAGAAUUUUUAACAAAUAACAAGCAAAUAACAAAUACAAUCAUUUAACCCCAAGUUAUAACUUGUUUACUUGUUUUUAAUACUGUGAUUUAACUUUCUGUUUUAAAAUGGGCGAAGAAAAUGACGAGAAGGAAGAACCAAAGCCAAUUAUUAUUAGGAAUUCAACAGAUCUUCAACGAUUAAAAUUGGAGAAAUUAAUGAAAAAUCCUGAAAAACCUGUAAUAAUACCUGAAAGACCCAAAGAUAAAGGAGUGCCGAAUGUACCUGAUUUUGUACGGAACGUCAUGGGUUCCAGUGCAGGGGCUGGAUCUGGAGAAUUUCAUGUUUACAGACAUCUUAGAAGAAAAGAAUAUGCUAGGCAGAAGUUUAUGCAAGAAAAGGCAGAAAAGGAACAAUUAGACGAUGAGUAUCACCAAAAACUAGAAGAAAAUAAAAAGCAGGCUGAAGAGCGCACAGAGAAGAAGAGAUUAAAAAGGCUGAAGAAAAAGAAAGCUAAGAAGAGAAAACCCAAUAAGGUUCAAGCAAAAGAAGUCAAGGAAUCUUCAUCUGAAGAUAGUGAAAAGUCAGAAGAGGAGGACACUUCAGAGGCUCCUCCAGAAAUGAGUGUAUAGUAGAUCAAAGUGUAAAAACAAAACUAUAAUAUGAACAAUCAAUAUAUUCUCUGGAACAGAUUUUUAAGAAUUUUCUUUAGAAGUUCAGAAAAUGAAUCAUAGUUGGAUUACCAAAUAUUAAAGACUUAUUUUCUAAAGAAUUUUCAUAUGUAUGCAUUGCAUGUGUAUAUCUAAAUAUUUAUAUUUGGAUUGUUGUAUUGAUUGAUUAAACAUGUACUAUAAUACUACAAUGUACAACAAAGAAUAUUAUGGGGAACCUUAUACAUAAAUAUUUUAUACAGAUCUA